AUGAAUCAGCAACAUCAACAAGAACGUCAGUAUCUGUGGCAACGAGAUCCAUAUUCCAACCGAAGACAACGAGUUCCAGUCGCGUGUUCUUAUUGUCAAUCGCAGAAAUAUCAGAGAAACGAUGAUUUAUCUCGUCAUUCCUCCUCUAAACGUCCAAGAACCGACGAAUUCCAUAUAACUAUUCCAACUUAUCCUUCCGAGCGACAACCACCCACCCCUUCAAUCACUAACUGGCAACCAUUUACGUACAUUGAAUAUGCUAAAUCCGAAACUAAAAUUCCUAAGUCUGUUCUCGAAACCUGCUCGAUUUCUCCAUUGAUCUCGGAAACUUUAUUAAAAGCGUUCUUGGAACACGUUCAUCCUUAUGUUCCCGUAAUUGACUCGGAUUUCAUUCAAAAUGAAUCGGAACCUCUUUCGCCUCUUUUACUCUAUUCAAUCUUCGCAGUCUCUGCUGGGUUCACGGAGUAUGCUCCCGAACGAAGCAAUUAUUAUAACAAAGCACGUUCUUUGCUCGAUCGAUUAUUAGACAAUCCGAGAGCAUCAACAAUUGCAGCUUUAAUUCUUUUGUGCGUCUACCAGCAACAAUAUUUUCAACAUCAACAGCGAGCAGGCGGAGAUGGUAGUCAGGAACUACUAAUUGAAAAUGAAGAAGAUGACGAAGAAUUAUUUCGUGGUAGAAUGUACGCAACAAUUGCAAUUGGCAUGGCAAAAGAACUUGGUUUAAACAAAGAAUGUCAAGACCCAAAUUACACAACUCCACAAAAAGAGUCUAGGCGAAGAUUGUGGUGGUCAUUAUUCAUGCUGGAUGUCUUAAUAUGCAGCGUUGCUGGGAAAACGAGCAGCAUUGAUUUAGAAGAUUGUAGUGUAAAUGAGCCGAACCAAGAAUUUUCGGAAUUCAAUCAACAAAUAAAAUUCUGCAAAGUCCUCCAAAAUGAAUUAAUUUCAAGUAAGCGAAGUAGUUUCCAUUAUGAGCACCGAACACCUAAUAUUUUCGAUUUGGGAGAAUUGACUCCUUUUGUUUUACAUCUCCCAAAUCCCCGUCUAAACAACAAUAAUGCUACUUAUGAACAAACAAAUCCCAAUAACAAUGGCAAUAAUGAAACACCGAAUCAAUUGCACUUUACAAUGCUUUGUCAUACUUUGACAAUCAUUUUACACGAACGAAACAUUGACUCUUCAUUCGAAAAGUGUACCUUGGCAGCAAAUUGCAUCACAGAUUUAGCUGACCAACUCGUGCAUAAAUAUGGCGCACUAUUCAAAGGCUUUUUCAAUUGCACAAAUUGGUGUCUAUUUGAGGCAGGAAAGAUUCAGGCAAAGAACGUGAUUAGAAGUUCAAAUGAGACUUCUAAUAAUAGUGCAAAUAACAACAGUGGCAGUAAUAAUGACAAUAGCAAUGAGAAUAAUGCGGAAAUUUAUUAUACAAAAACAAUUGCACUAUUUAAAGAAUUAUUGCGAUUCAAAAAAUCUGCAUUAUUGGAGCAAUAUGCCACCAACUUGAGAACAAAUGGUAGCAUCUCAUUAACUUUUUCGAAUUAUUCAACCACAACUAAUUCAUAUCUUAAUUCACCUUCAUCCCCUUCAAUUCCGAUUGAUAUGAAUUUUAAUCCGCUAUACGAUGAUGUACUUGGCAAAGAUAACGAGAAUACAAUAGAUGUGAACUUAUUUGAUUCCAGUCCUUACUCACCUAAUUCAUCGCCGGGUGAAUGGCAUUCUCCAACUUUCUCUCAUGAUUCUGUAUCGACAACACCCAAUUCCGCAACUUUGUAUAAUACGACUCCCUAUUCCACAACUCUAACAUCAUCAUCCACCGCUAUUACUUUCCCUUUCUCACAUAAUCACAAUGUCGCAUUUCAUCCUUACAAUACCACUACUGGACAUGAACAGCAAAAUGAUGAAGCAACUUGUGGCGGUGUUUAUACUUCUUCAGCAUUCUCUUCAUACAGUAGUGGUUUGGAAAUUUGCCUUUGA